CGUAGCAUGUGUCUUUAAAAGAUAUCCCAAGCUAUGUUUGACCUCAAACAGAUAUCUAGACUGGGGCUGGUAGUAGCUGUAGUUGCUCUUGUUGUUGCUGUUGUUUUUACACAGCAGCAACAGCAACAACAAUGCUCUAUGACCAUCAUUUCACAGUCGUGCUCUCAAACAUAACAUUGCAGUUGUAAUACUGCCAGACUGAAGUUAUAUCUGUCUGUGUGUGUUUGCUAAGAAGCAGCUCUAGUUCUCUGCAGAGCUGCACAUGUGAAAAAGGAGAGCAAAGAAUCCAGCGCACAUCCAAUUUCCUCCUCCUCCUUGCAAGUAGCAUGCUUGUUUCCCUCAUGCCACUUGUGCAGGCGGCCCUGUGGACACGGUCAAUAAGGAGCUGCUGGUGUCCUCUUCCAUCCCCUCUGGCCUAAUGACAACCUCUGGCAGCGAGCCAGGACUUUGCACAGAGGACACGGAGCACAUUGGAGGAGUUGGCGAAGCUUCUUCUCUGGUCUGCUUUGGAAACUGCCAGGCAAUUGUGGAUCUGGCUUUAAGAAGAAAUAAGGACCACUCUCACUCCUCCUAUGCUCCCUCUCCCUCCCUCCCCUUUUCUUUCUUUCCCUCCUGACAAUCCCUCCCUUUCUCAGUGGUGCAAAGGAUUUCUUUUUUUUUUCCAGAAAGCAGUGUCUCUGAGGAAGAGGGAGCGAAAGCGAGAGAGGGACAGGCUGCUUCCAGGAUUCUGCUCGAGCCAAGAUGGGAAUGUAGUCUGUGGUAUUUCAUAGCGCAGCUUCUCAGACGAAACUAGAAGCAUAGAAUAUUUGCUACGAAAGAAGAAUAAAGAAGAGAAUUGUACAUCUCCCCACCUCCUGGGAUCGCACAGGAAAUUGUGAGGUUGUCUUUUCACUUAGUCAGUGCUGCACAUUAUUUUGAUAUUUCUCCUUAGCCUCAUCCCCCUCUCUCCCUCCCUUCUUUUAACUUCCAACUCCCAUCUUUAUUUCCACCCAUCCCACACCCUUCUCUGGGCUAGAGGGUUUUGCUUUGACUGUGGGGUUUGCGCUGGAGAAAACUAUUGAGGAGGGGCUGAAGUAUCUCUUCUCUGCUGGAAGUGGUAGACGACGAUUUGUGCUGGUUACUUGAGCUUUUAACUGGGAAUUUUUGAAUUCCCUUCUUUGGAUUGUCUGUCUGGACAAAAGAAGAUUUUUCUCCUUUGGGGAAGUCAGUCAGAGAAUAAGAGAGAGACCGUUUCCAUGAUGAGCUGGGGUGGAUUGCAGAUGGAACGGGGUUAUAUUUUUGGAUUCUGUUGCCUAGUUCUUUUGGAUCCAGGACAGGUUUGGACUGGGAAUCCCAGUACCCAGAAACCUGAGCCAGAAGCGCAAAUUGAAGUCAACAGCAAUACCAGCUUUGGCCCCACUUUGGAGGACACUGCUGUGGCCACCACUGAGGCCAUACUUGGGGGCGAUCGGUGCCUUGGUUAUUACGAUGUCAUGGGUCAGUGGGACCCACCCUUUAACUGCAAUUCUGGGAUCUACAAGUUUUGUUGCGGGACUUGUGGUUAUCGCUUUUGUUGCCAGUUCACAACUGGGCGACUGGACCAAAGUGGCUGUACCAAUUAUGACAGGCCAGAAUGGAUCAACACAGGCCAACCACCACCUCAGGUGGACGAGACCCCCGAGAACCCCACACGGGACAAGACCAACAUGAUUGUAUACAUCAUCUGUGGUGUGGUGGCCAUCAUGGUGCUGGUAGGCAUCUUUACAAAGUUGGGACUGGAGAAAUCACAGAGCCCUCAGGCAGAGAUGACCAUGUCCAGGACGCUCACAGAUCUCCUGAAACAGCCAGGAGGACAUGGACCAUCUGACAUCUUGCCAGAGAGCCACAUUGGCAGUGUGCAGGUCCAGAUUAGCGAUGGGUUUUCUCGAUCUCCCAGGAAUAGCACAGACAAGAACCACUUGAACAACGCUGUGGUUAACCCCUCCAGCGUCUCACAGAUUGGGCUGUCGCAUUCACACAACAACCGGCUGCAAAUGGCAAGCACGAUGCCACACCAAGCGCCCGACUAUGCCAAGUAUGCAACUCUCAAGGCUGUAGAAAGUGCUCCUGAGGAAUUCUACAAGCGGUUUCCUGUGGUGGACAUGCCGCCAUCAGCCACGCUGUCCUUCCCUCCCUUGACGCUACACCAGAAAGACGUUUCUCCCUAUCAGGACGGCUGUGCUCUGAUCGGCUUGGCAACACCAGGACAGAAGGCCAAGGUGAUGAAAGCCAGUGCCCACACACUGGCAGGCAGCCCGGCCUUCAAACCAGGGUGGGAUCCCAACCACCCCGACCUUCGACGGCAGGCCUACACCACCAAGCGCCAGUUCAGCAUCGAGAAGCUCCCAGAGGUCUUCAGCCAGACGCCCACCCACUAUGCCCAGCAGCAGCGGCCCUUCUCCACCAACAGCAAGACGGAAGUCACUGUCUAGAGCAGACCUCCUCCUCAAUCUCCCCUCCCUUUGAAAUAUUCAAGCAGCCUGUGAGGUGCAGCCUGCCUUGUCAAGCUGGAGCACCUAGUGUUGACUUGGCAGAGCAACCCCCUCCUCUCGGCUGGCACUGCUAGGUUCUGUGAGAGAGCGAGGGAAUUAGGAAGGAAGCUUGGCCACCGGAGCUGAGGGAUCAUCUGCAGCUCCUAACAGAACUUGCCCAUUUGCUGUGGCCCUCUGAUUUCUGCAUCCUGACAGAACUCGGCCAGCAUGCGUGGUGAAACCGGCAUGCAUGUCGCUCCACAAUUCGAUGCACGACUCUUGUUUGUAGCUCACGUCUUCAUCACAUCGCACAUCCCAGAAUGGUCAGCAUCCACCGGAAACCUGAGGACUCCACUACCGUUCUGCAUGGAGAUGCAUCAAAGGGAAAGUUGGCAGGGUGGUAAAAUAAAAUAUAUCAUUCUUUUCCCCUCGCCAAGAAAGGCCAAGUCAAAGGACAAGACAAACUGCUGCAAUAAUUAACCAGAACAUUGUGUUUGAACAUUUGCCCAAUAUAACAUUCCUCUUCUGCCUUUCCCGGUGGUUAAACAAAUGCAAAAAAUAAAAAUAAAUGGGAAUACAACAAUGAAAGCAGUAAUAAACUGUUCAAAAAGGGAACUGCCAAGGGCUGGAAGAAAUUUUUACACAGUUCCCUUUGUUCUUCACUUGAUUCUUGUCCUUCUCUAGCAAACCUUUCGGUUUAAGGCCAUUUGUUAAUAUUUCUUGUCGCAUAUAAAACCUAUAUACUGCUGACACUUUUUUUGCCUGCCACUCGUCAGAGACUCACUAUCAUGGAUCCUUAACAGGGAUUGAAAAGGGGGGGCAUUGCUUUCUAGGGGAUAUUUCCCACCAAACUCUGAGAAAGGGUAGUGCUGCCUAUCAUGAAGGUACAGGAAGAACUGUGCUGUGAAGAGUGUGGAAGAGUGUGAUUAUGUGUCAGGGGAGAGUGUGACUUGUGCACCUUCUUAGUGGCAUUGCCCAUGGAGCCUUGUAGAAAUGUCAGCCAUAGGUUGGAAAAUCAGCUUUCUUAUUUAAGGUUUGAUCUAGCAAACCAAAAAGGAACCAGUGUGACUGGAGUCGGUGGUUCACCACAAUAGCAGGAGAUGGCUUUCAUUUCACAACACUGAGUAGGAAAUAUGUGUGUAGACUCAUGAAAUAAGCCAGACUUUCUGAUUUGUCAUGGUUUGCAGUCAGCAAGCAGCAUGUUGUCCUUCUCUAUCAAACCACUGUUUGCUGUGCCACCAUUUCUCUCUCCCUCUUUGCUCCUCUCCAGUGCAAGGGGAACAAACAAGCCAGGAAACCUUGGUUUCCUAUUACACCCAAACUAGGGAUUGCGAUGUGUGGCUCCCUAAUAAGUCAUAGUUAGCAAGCCAACAACAAAUGACAUGGCAAUCAUGUCUUGUUGAGGAGCUUGUGUUCCAAUUCAGUCAUACUGUUAGAAACUGGGGAAUGCCCUCUGCUGACAAGGGCCUGGUGGCCAGCCUUCAAAUAUUGGUGCAAGUUCAGUGUUUUUAAAUUGGGCACAGGGUUACUCCUUCAUUUAUCUCAGGGUGAGUACUUAAGCUGUUGGUCCAAGCUCAUUGCCCAAAAAAGCUGCUUCAAUUGGUUUGUCUUCAGACCUUCUCUUACAUAUGCCCUAAAAUCAGUAAAACAAAGACUGUGGGAUUUUGCCUUCUGUGAUCUGUGGGCCCCCUCAUUCUCACCCUGCUCACCAAGUGCUGUGAGUAUACAGUAUGUCAGGUCAUUUUACACAGUUGAAUAUUUAAAGAAUUUGCCAGUCACCAAUUAUGGUAGACUUUUUACUAAGGCCAGACUUAAUGUGUUCCCUCUGAAAUGUUCCGAGGUAGAUUUGCUGGUGUCCCUUAUUUCACAUGAUUAUGUCCUUGUACUAACCAGGAAGUAGAAUGCCUGAAGCACAUUCUCCUGUCCUGUAGAAUAUAUAAGCAGGUCCAACAACAUUUGAUUAAUCCACUAAUGCCAAAUCCACCCGGAAAACCUGCCAAUUAUAUGCCAAGUUCCUACUAGACAUUAAAAUUCCCAGUGUGACUUUGGCCAUUGUCAAAUUUCUUUCUGAGGUGGUCAGGAUCAGAGAUAAAUUUGCAUUAGACAAAAGUCUGAAAAAAGCAUAGUCUUAAUGAUUUGUCCAAGUAGUUUGUGUACUUUUUAAUGUAUUUUAUAUGCACUGAAUUUUGUUUAUUGGGUCUUUUGGGCAGCAAUAAAGAAUUGAUCGAUUGA